GGCCUCUGGUCGAAGAGAGAUAUAUACACGCCCGCCCAACCACGCUCUCCAAGACAUGGCCGGCGCUGACCUACGCCCAAACUCCCUCCCCUACUGCCUCAAACUGCUGGCAGGGUCCACCUGCCUCCAGCUGGUAAUCACCGCUCUCCGGCCCGCCAUCCUCGCCGCAUUCGCGGUAGGGUGCUUCUCCAGCGUCCUCCUCCUCCUCUGCAUCGUGGAGGACUACCUCGGACACCUCGAGAGCGAGUCCUACCGAGAAAUGCGGAAGAUGGCAAAGCAAAAGCUGACGAGAAAGACAGGAAAUAAUGAACCCAAGGCAGAGCACCAGGGGCACAUUCAAAUCACUCCUCAUACGGUCUACGAGCCAGGACCAUCUUGGGGCUGGGGGUACCUCGUCCACGAGCGCCUCAUCUGCAAAGCCGAAAAGGGUGUGCUCAACCGUGUGAUUAAUGUACGGGGGUGCGAGGUCAGGCUGGUCAAGCCCAGACCCGGCAGACUCUGGAGAUCCAUCAACUACAUACGCCUCCUUCACAAAGAGAGACACCUCUACGAUUCGGAGAAGCAGUGCCAUCUGUUCUUCCGCAACGGAAAAGAAAUGGAAGAAUGGUAUCUGGUCCUCAACGCAGCCAGCAACUCCUCCAAAAACUAUCAGUCCGCCAGCAGGGCGUACUCCUGCUUCUACCACAUCUUGAAUACAACUGGCAUCGACGUCACCCCCCAAGCCACCGAAGAAGACGAACACCGCAACAAACCCUCGCAGAUGAAGAAAAAAAAUGAUUUGAACGACGCACAAAAAACUAAGACGGAAAACAAACUUUUGAAAAAACGAGAAUCUGCCGACUGGCCAAAGUCUGUGAGUACUACAAUGCCACCCAUGUCACCCCUUCGUGCGCACCAUUUCGACCAUCGCUUCCAGCUCAGCGAGAUGCGUCAGCGAGAGCGGGAGUAUCCCCACCUCUGGUUCAACUUGUUCAUGCACCGCAUGUUCCUCGUUUUUUGCAGGGAUCGAGGGUUUGUCGAAGUUUUGAAAAAAAAAAUUCAAAAAAAGUUGCUGAAAACCGAUUUUCCUUCUGUUUUCAAGGACGUUCGAGUGGGAGUGCUUCACUUGGGGUCCUACUUGCCCAUAUUCAAGAACAUAGAGAUUAAUUCGAUUGGCCCGGAUGGGACUCUCAGGCUAGACGCCGAUAUAGAAUAUCAUGGACACGCCCGAAUUGAGUUUCGAUUUGUCCUUUGCUUCAACAUCAUCAAAUCUUUUUCCAUUCCUGUUUCUGUUAUGUUCUCUAUAAAAAGAGUGAUUGGAAGAAUCCAAGUCGCGUUUUCGCCUGUGCCGUCCGACGUCAUUUGGAUUGGGUUCUACAGAGAACCACUCAUCGAUAUCAGCCUCGAUUCUGCGCUCGGCGAGCGAUACAAAGUAGGCACCGUUACCAACAUUCUCAUAGCUAAGCUCAAACAGGAGCUCAUAGCCAUGCUCGUCUUGCCGGAGAUGGACGACUGGCCCCUGCCGAAGUUCGGGCCAGUCAACAGCGUGCUUCGCAGAGACUACGCCCAGUGGGAGUACCAGCCAGAGACGGCCAGGUCGUACAAGUCGUCGUACCUAGGAGACGAUGACAGCGACAAUGAGGGAUGCCUCAACAGCGAGGUCAUGGAGGGACGCAGCUAAAAAGAUUUGUACACGGUACGUCGUCGCGCGCAACCUGUACACACGUAUAUACACCAAAUUUGUACAAUACAACUGUUUGCACACAAAUAGUUGUAUGUGCAU